CAAGAUGAAAGUUUGCAGCCAAGUUCAAGUCAUACGCGUCAUUAAACGGCACUUUAAUAUAACCUUAAAAUUAUUGCAUUUUAUUGUUUUAUUGUUGUAUUAUUAUGUUUAAGUGAGAAAAUUAUUAUUUUGUAUUGUGUUUCUUAUUUCGGAUAAACCGCAGUAUUUAUUCUGUGAGAGAUAAGAAAUUACACGACAGCAAUGUCAUCAUAUUUUGACACGUAUGAAUAUAAAUUAAUGAAAAAGUUUUUAUAUAAAAGGUAUGAUAUAUAAGAAUGUCAGAAAAAUUUUUACUAUCCAAAACAGAAAUUGGAGUAAAUAUGAAUUUUCAAAGACAACCACGAUGUUUUCGAAGCAGUCAAUUUUGUAUAAUGAUAAAUGUAAUAGCCAUUACACUCAUUUGUUUAUACGUAUGGCAAUUAGAGGACGACAAAUGUAAAAGUAAAUUGUCGUCAAUGUUGGAAAAUAUAAAAUCAUUAGGUUUAUGUGAGAGAUCGAUAAUAAAUGAGAAAACAUUUCGAGAUUUAACGAGACUUAAAUUAUAUAAAUUAGAUUUAGGAAUAUCGAGACGAAAUGAAGUAAUUUUAUCAACUUGUCUCGAUAAAGUUGAAGAGUUAUUGAAUUCUUAUUAUAAAGAUACACCAACAAUAUAUGCGAUUACACCAACAUUUGCAAGGCCAGUGCAAAAAGCAGAAUUAACACGUUUGGCACAAUCAUUUAUUCUUGUUCCAAAAUUCCAUUGGAUUGUCAUCGAAGAUGCUGUUAAUAAGACAAAAUUAGUUAGUAAUUUAUUGGCUUCCAGUUUAUUGUCCUAUACACAUCUAAAUGUUGCAACACCAACAAAUUACAAACUUGGAAAACGCGAUCCACAUUGGAAAAAGCCACGGGGUGUUGAGCAACGAAACGCAGCUCUUCGAUGGAUCAGAGAAAAUUUGGAUUCUAGUCACAAUGGAAUUGUAUUUUUUGCUGAUGACGAUAAUACUUAUUCCAUUCAAAUUUUUGCUGAGAUGAGCAGAAUUAAAAAGGUCGGCGUCUGGCCAGUGGGUUUAGUUGGAGGUUUAAUGGUAGAGAAGCCACUUUGCGAUAAGGUCACAAAGAAAGUAACUGGAUUUAAUUCAAUGUGGAAACCAGAUAGACCAUUUCCAGUCGAUAUGGCAGGAUUUGCAAUAAAUUUAAAACUAAUACUCGAGCAUAAAGAUAGUUGGUUUUCGUUUGAUGUUCAAGGUGGAUAUCAAGAAAGUGAAAUUUUAAGGAAAAUGAUUACGAAAGAUGAUUUGGAACCAUUGGCUGAUUUUUGCACGAAGGUUUAUGUUUGGCAUACAAGAACCGAGCAUCCUCUCCUUCGUACCGAACAAAUGCUAAUAAAACAAGGAAAGCCAUCAAAUUUUGGCAUUGAAGUGUAAUUUCCGAGUUUUUUUUUCUUUAAAAAACGCCAGGUAUUUUAAUCUACAUUUUUUUAACAAAAAAAAAAAAAUCAUGGACAAUACUGUAAAUACAUUUGCGAUAUGUGCCACAAGUAUUAUAGUUAAGAAAUAUUUUUAAUUAGUCAAAAUAUCAGAAAAAUAAUGAACACAUUAUCUAAAAUAGUUUUAAUAUAAAAAAUUAUGUCAUCAAAAUCCAGUGAUUUCCAGAUUUUUAUAUAUUUUUCUUUUUAAAAAAGAAAAAAGAAUUUUGUAAAACAAAAAUUGUUUUUUCAACAUAAGAAAAUUGAAAAUUUUAUUUAUGCAUAUUUUUAUAAAUGUAACAUUUAAAAAAAAAAGUCUUUUUAUUCAAAAUAAUGGAAUAAGUCAAUGGAGAAAUAAAAAAACAAUAACAUUUUCAAAA